UAGCUCCAGACCCUCGAAAAAGGUGGCGGGUUCCAUGUGUAUCUCUUGUUAAUGCUGACCUGUGUUGCAAAUGCGUGCACGGCGCGCCCAUGACGGCUUAUGCAAGCAAACCAGCAAGUGCGGACCAAGCGCCAUCACGGAAGCCUUCUCGUAGUUUCGGUUGCACCACCACCCCAAGUAUAAGACUCUCCGCCCGCCUUAACGUCCACCAAAACAACAAUCGCGCCAAUAUAGAGGGUCGCAUAUUCCUCACUCUAAAAGCAGUUUCCGGAUCCUAAAGUAAACAUGGCCGACAUCAAACACCCCUCCUCCCUCUCGGAUCUACAAGCCCUCUUCGCCUCAACCACCUACGUCGCCGUCGAUUUCUACGCCGACUGGUGCGGCCCCUGCAAGCAAAUCGCGCCGUACUACGCCAAUCUAGCGAAGCAGCACGGCGUAGACGGCACACUAGCGUUCGCAAAGGUCAACGUGGACAACGCGCAGGACAUUGCGGCCGCGUACAGGGUACAGGCGAUGCCGACGUUUAUGUUCUUCAAGGAGGGCAAGCAGGUCGCUGUCAAUGGGAACAAGAUGAUCCAGGGGGCGGAUGUGAAGAGUUUGGGGGCGGCGGCAGAGAAGUUGGGGGGGUUGGCGAAGAAGAAGGCGGGGUUGUAGGAGGGGGAGCACGUCUGCGCAGUUUGAGUAAUGGGAAAGCCAUGUUGGAGUCAAUGCCCUCGAGUCGUUGAUGUUGGGGAGCUUCCGGGAGUAAUUGCGGUAACGCUAUUGCGAUCAAGAGACACCGUUUCAAGCCCGUACCCCUCGCCAUCGCUCCCUCCUACUACACGUCUUGGGGCAUCAACACACACGACCGAUCACACUAAAGCCUUUCUGUCUUUCUCUCCUGACGACCUGGCAAUCUAAUUACCGAGAUCUUCCCUAAGUGUUCUCACCCGACGAUCGCAUCCUUGAGUCUACAUGCUCCGGUAGUCUGGGUUCGGUAUCCCGAUCUGCAUCGCUAUUCUUAGUUUUGGCGCUGGUGGGGUUUGAGAUCCUGAACUUGCCAUUCUCGGUUCUGUGUAAACAGGGAAUGUCGACGGGCUUCGCACCCUUGUGUCUGACAAAAGAUCGCUCGUUCUUAGAUAUGGAC